UCUAGAAAUUGAAUUAAUCUAAUGCCACGAAUAAGAAGAAGCACUUUCGGUAAUUUCAAUAAUGAUCCUGAAGUGUUUGGCGAACUGCCGGAUCACAAUAUUAGUUAUGCAGCAAGAAUCUAUGGAUUGACGGUCGCCAUGGCCAUGUUCACUCUGAGUCAGUGGCUCAUCAUUGGCUUUACCAAUGUAGUGGGUCAUAAUAGGUACAAGGAGCGAUAUGGCUGGUGGCUAGUGUGCACGUUUUUUGCCGUGGCCACUCUAGCCUGGACCAAGCUGGGACGGAAGAGACCGUUUAAUUACAUCAUCAUUGCAGCCAUCGUGGAGAGUUCCACCAUCUAUAUAGCAUUGGAACAAAAACACAGUGCCAAUAUGUUGGUCAACUUCUAUGCCGGCAUUGUGGUUGUUGCCUUGAUGCUGGCCUCCGUUUUUUGGGGCGCCUACUUUCCCAUGUUCAUUGUCCCGGGCGAUCUGCUGCUCAGCAUUUUGGUGGCCUUUGCCUACCUAAUGAUGAUGGUAUUCUUCAUCAAUGCCUUCUUUUUUGACUACGAUGGGAUCUACGAUGCUGUUCGCAAUGUUUUCGCAUUGGUGGCCAUCUGCAUGGUCAUGUACACGGCCACCAUCAUCCAUGAUCGCCAGUUCGAUGUGCCCAAAAGCGAGUAUCUGUUCCUCAGUGUCCUGCAGUUUUUCUCCUAUAUGAUCUUGCAUGAACGCAUCCUGAACAUAGCCUAUCAUAGUACUCAGACAUUCCGUUGCUAAAUAUCAAGUUUGUCUUGGAAAUCUUUAAGGCAAAUUACAAAAUCUCAAAGUUAAUUUUAAUAAAUAAAGUAAAUUGGAAGAUAGAUCGCUGCCUGGAGUGAUUAACCCGGAA